AUGUCCCGAAAUGUAACACCAUUCAUACCGCCACUCCCAAGCCCACACAACUCGCCACUACCCUCAGCCCCCGUAAUACCCCAACAAAACCCAAACGAACCCGUCAGUCCGACCUGGUACCAAUACUCCAACCCGGGCGCGUACCCCGUCUACCCAACCAGCCCCGCCGUUAACAUGAAUGGUGGCUACAUCCCGCCCUACAUGAGCCCCAUCGGUCAAGCACCCGGCUUCAUCCCACCUACGCCGCUCCCGCCUAGCGCUUCUGCUUUCCCUGCGGGCGUCUCGCAGGACUAUACAGGCUACCCACCAACCUACCCGUUCGCACAACCGCAACAGCAACAGCGUCAACCACAGUGGGCCGUACCACCCGUUGCCGCUCCUCCCUUUGGAUCCUAUUCCCAGCCCAUGUAUUCUGCCCCUCUUCCACAACAAGCUGCACCGCAAUUUGGUACGCCCUGGACGGCGGGGGGAGGUCGGCCGUUGUAUCCAGCAUUUGGUGGGCAACCAAUGCAGCAACCGCAACAACAGCCCAUGAGUGCACCUGGGUACGGGCUGGGAUUUGGUAUGCCGCCUGCAUGGGCUGCUCAGCACUUUACCCCUGGGCCUGCAAUGCAGCCUGAUUUAUGGGGGAUACAACAAGCUUUGGGUGGACAACCACCACCAGCAGGAGGCGCGCAACCCCCGCCUAUGCAUGGUCCCCUCCACCGUGCAGAAACACACGUCGGUGAUCGUAUGGACCCAUUCAUGACUGGUGAUCACUACGGACCCGUCCUCGAACCCUUCCUCAUCCGCAUCGUCCGCGCCGAAGUCAAGCUAAACCCACUCAUAGAACCCGUCCCAGACACCGGGCCCGAACGCGCCUUCCUCAAAUGGAACAUGCUCUUCCACACCUCACUAGUCCAACGAUCCACGGACCCCGCACACGUCUCCUGGUCCAACGGACGAAACGCACCAGCCACAUUCCCCCGCGUUUCCUCGAUGCGCAUCAUCUCGGAGGUUUAUCCGUGGAUGAUCGAGGUGCGCGCACAGACGGAGGGGACGGGCGUGACGUGUGGAGAAGUUAUUGAGGCCAUUUAUCAUGACAUGCAGAGGUUGACGCAGAAAGAGGACUAUGAUCGUUUGUCUGCGCCUCAAAAACGGAGCUUGGCAGAUGCGUAUAGGCAUAAUCGGUCCCGGACGAAUGGCGUGCCUGGUGGAACGCUAGGCGAAGGGAUGAAAAGGCUUGACUUUUUGAGGGAUAAGGUUACGUUUGGGGGUAUAGAAAACAACGAAGCGGUUGUGGAGAGGAUAUGUGGGGCACCGCUGCCGUGCACUUUUGUGUUGAGGUGUCAGCAUAUGUUCCCGAUGACGCAGCAGGAGGCGAGGGAUCAUGCUGCGAGGCAGCAGCAGAGGGCGAGGAGUCAUUCUGGGAAUUUGAGUGCUCAUGGGAGUCCGAAUCCGGCUGUCGUUACGUGGUUGUGGGCUGGCGGGUACUGUCAGCCUUCGCGUCUUGUCGGUCUUGAGGAUAGACGACUCCCAAGUAAGGACAAUCUCGAGGAGGCUAGACUCAAGAAACAGGAACCCCUAGUAGUACCUGAAGAAAGCCUUGUUGACUGCGUUUUCUUAGGGGGCCAUCUCUCAACCAUUGCCGUCAAAUUGCUCUCGACUCUCAGUGCACUUCAUACAAAGGAUUAUGUAAGGGAGCUCGACUUGUGGUCACGACAACUUGAAGUUUCUAUCUUUAACCCAUUCCUCAUGUCCGAAUUCAACAACCUUUUCAACGAGCUCAAGCCAUCGGGCGAAGGCGAGAAAAUUCCCAACGAUUCUGAUGUAACAUUAGCACCCAUCCCCGAAAACAUCCUCGCUUUCAGGACAAUCACUACGCUGCUCGCCCAGCUUCCACGCGCAACACAACUCAAGCGUAUCGAUUACUUGGACGAUCACAUACAGAGCAGGUCUAAGCGCCGAAUACUCAAGAUAUCUGAUGCCUUUGCUCAUCUAGCCGCUGCUGAACAUGGUGUUACUGCAGUGACAACGAAUCUUAUUGGCAGAUCUUGGCUGCCACUAAUGGACCACACCGUCAUUAAACGACCAUCUCUGGAUAUUGUGCAAGAUUCUUAA